AUGUCGACUGCAUGGCAACGAGUGCUGCGAGCGCUCAUUGUAGCCUCCGUCAUCAGCGUCGUACUCAUCUACUCAGCUCGACAGUUUGGUCCUGCCUCUGUCCACACAGCAAUACAUGAUCGCCCAGAUGAUCAGCAUAAGGCCUUUCAGCCGCCGCCGCCAGCGCCGGAUGGAGAGCCUCCUUUGAUCUCGCACCCACCGCUGGCCGUACCAACACCAGCAUCAUCAUCAAAAGCUGCACCAGGACCACCAGCUUCCAGUACCUCAGUGGUUACACCGGCAACAGCAACAACAACAUCAUCAUCAUCACCACCACCACCAUCACACCCUGGAGAGGCCAAUGAAGCAAUUCCUGGGGUUCCUAGCAAGAUAUGGCAGACAGCCAAACAUGCCAACCUUAGCAGCGAGUACACCGACAUGAGCAAUACGUGGAUAGCGAACAACCCUACGUUCCGCCAUGAGCUGCUCACCGAUGAGUCGAGCGAUGACUACGUGCGCAGCCGGUACCCUAACUCAAACAUCGUAGCUCUUUACACAGGGCUCAAAAUUCCCAUUCUCCGAGCCGAUCUGCUGCGUUACCUCAUCUUGUUAUCUGAAGGCGGCAUCUGGGCUGACCUGGAUACUACCUGUGAGCAGCCGGUAAACAGCUGGCUACCAGCUGAGAUGCACAAUGCGAACAGUACCGUCAAGGCUGGUCUGAUUGUUGGACUCGAACCUGAUGCCGACCAUGGCGGUAAGAAGGUUCUGACCAAUGCUGUUUUGGCAGCGCAGCCCGGUUCCAAGCAUAUCAAGGCUGUCGUGGAUGAUAUCGUGAAGCAACUUUAUGAAAUUGCAAAGCAAAAGGGAGUCGGGCCAGAAGGGAUCACACUCGAGAUGAUCAGCGAUGUUGUUGAAGUGACAGGCAGGAAAAAGAUGACUGCAAAGAUCAUCGAGUCUCUUUCCAAGACGCUGAAUAAGGAGAUAAAGGAGGGUGAUCUAGUGAAGAACGGCAGCAAGGAGCCGCAAGUUCUCGACGACGUGAUCAUACUUCCCGUCCCCGCAUUCGCCUCGUAUGACGGCAACCCAACACCCCCCGGCCGGGUGCUUGUGACGCACCACCACGCAGGCACAUGGAAAAGUGCUGCCGAAGAUGCCAGGAAGAACCGGGAGAAGCAACUUCAGGAGGAGGCAGACAGGCUGAAGAAGGCCGCAGAUGAGGCCGAGAGGAAGCAAAAGGAGAAAGCGGAAGAGCAGAAGAAGGAGGAAGAUGCUUCGAAAAAGGCAAAGGAGGACGGGGAGAAGCAGCGUAAGGAGCAGGAGACUAGGGAGGAAGCGCAGAGGGAAGCCAGCGACAAGCAGCUAUAA